AUGAGUAUUGUUGCGGUUGGCCAGCGGCGGUCAUUUGACGGCCAGCUAUGCACGAUCCGCUAUGUCGGUGGUGUUCAGGGUACCACGGGCGACUGGCUGGGUGUCGAAUGGGAUGAUCCAACUCGUGGCAAGCAUGCGGGCGAGCAUAAAGGGGUGCGGUAUUUCAAAUGUAAAAGCAAUCACCCCACGGCGGGGUCUUUUGUCCGCCCCUCCAGGCCAUCAGAGCCACCAAGGAGUUUCCUCGAGGCAGUGCAUGAGAAAUAUGCCUCAGAAUUUGAACAGCAGCAGGAUCAAAAUGCCACGAAUGCUGUAUCAGCCUCAAAGACCAUUGAGAUUAGUGGCAAAGUGGUUGAAGAAGUCGGCUUCGACAAGAUUCGAAAGCAGCUGGCAGAUUUACAGGAAUUGCAAAUCGUCCUAGUAGAUGGCCUACGGAUCUCCGGUGUUCUACCUUCCUUCGAGCAGCCUGAAAGCUCCGUUGCCGAGGCCGCUCCCAAAAUUGCAGCGACCUGCUCGAAGAUUACUGAGCUGGAUAUCAGUCGUAGUCUGUUGACCAAAUGGCGAGACGUUUGGGAGAUUUGCAACCAGCUGAAACAGCUGAAGCGAUUGAGAGUGAAUGGAAAUCGAUUCCAUCCUUUAGAAGAUGGUCUAACGUUUGAUGGAAUCACUGAAUUGCGUGUCGAACAGACUCUACUUACCUGGGAUGAGAUUUCCGCGGUGGUGUCAAGAUUUCCGGCACUCACCAAGCUCACGGCAUCAGACAACCAACUCACAACUAUAUCAUGUCCGCUCGCAAAUUCAAUCACGAGUCUAACUCUUGAAAACAACGAUAUGGAAUCAAUGUCAGCCCUUCGACAUCUAGCAACCCUUCCAACCCUUGGCCAUCUCUCCGUGCGCGGGAAUAAUAUCAGCACUAUCCUGGAAGGCUCCAACGAUACCGCCCCAGAUUUCCACUUCCCAGAAACUGUAUUUUCUCUUGACCUGUCACGCAACAACAUCACAUCCUGGGCCUUCCUCAACCACCUCCCAACUCUCUUCCCGGGCCUCACUACCCUCCGCAUCUCAUCAAACCCAGUCUACGAUGAACCCCCGCUCGCCGCAUCCAUCGCUGCAGCUACAUCAACCCUAGACUCCUCGAAACCAAUGACAGUCGACGAGGCGUUCAUGCUAACGCUUUCCCGCUUCCCUUCCACUCUCCGAAUACUUAAUUACAGCACCAUCUCACCCCAAGACCGUUCGAAUGCAGAGAUGUACUACCUUUCACUAAUCGGCAAAGAGCUCUCUGCCACCUCCGAAACAGAAGAAGCGCGUAUCCUCGCCGCGCAUCCCCGUUACGCCGAGCUCUGUCAGCUGUACGGUGAACCAAGAGUCACACGAGCAGUCCAGUCAGACGGAUCGGGAAAAAGAAUCAUUCAUCCGCGCUCCGUUGCUGCUCGACUCGUCAAGAUGGCAUUCCAUCUACCUCCAUCAUAUCCAACAGUGAAGCCCGGUACUGCACAAAUCCCCGUCAAAGAGAUCCCUCAUUCGUUCAAUACAUAUCAAUUGAAAGCUCUCGUAUCCCGACUCUUUGAUCUCCCUCCAUAUGGGUUCAAAUUAGUCUGGGAAACAGAUGAGUGGGAUCCUAUCGCAAAGGCAACAGUCGAUGAAGAGGUCUGGGCGGAAGAUAGCGAAGAUGAAAUGCCGCAACAGCCUCAUGUUGAAUCAUCGGAGGAUUCCAGUCGGUUUGUGCGGAGAGAAGUUGAGCUCGUCGAUUCAACAAGGGAUAUCGGGUUCCUGUUUCAUUCUGAGACGGGCGAGGUGAAGAUUAGGGUGGAGGUACUUUAA